AUUUUCUCGAUCUUCCAGACUCGGAAGAAGUGUUCGCCACUCCUCAGCUUUUGAUUCAAGAUCCUGCCCAUCAUCACGAUCAAAAUGGAGCGAGAGGCUGUAGCAAAAAAGCCUUCUAGGAUGAAGAGCGUGCGUCAGUGGUUAUCACUGCGAGUGACCCAAGAACGCACCAAGACCGAAGCACCUGCGGAGCUCCUGCCGAAUCAUGAACCAAGCUCGCAAUUAGAAGUGGAUGAAGGGGCGGCAAGAGCAACACCUCCUGAGACUGCGAGCAAUAAGAAUGCAGCCGCCAGUACUGAAACUGGCAAAGAAGAUUGCAAGGACAGUAAGGAUGACGGCGAUGAGCGAGGGUUGACUACUGUUGCGCAGCUCGACAAUACUGGAGCAAAGGGCGAGAGCGAGAGCGAGAGCGAGGAAAACAGACCUGAAGAUGACAAGGACGACGACGAUGCUGUCGACAAGUCAGCACGGGACUUCUGGAAAGAAGCAUGGGAGUCGGACGAGCUGGGGGAGGCGAAAAGGGCUCUUCUGCAAGGCAGGUCGGGGGUCGGCAAGUCGAAGGACCAGAAACCUUCGCGGGCCAAUUCGAUCGAGCUCGUCGGGCUCGUCAUCGAAAAUACCGAGGCGAAGAUGGUUAACUACAAGGCGCGCUGGGGAUCUGACAACGGUGAAACCUCUCUUAGGAAUGCGAAGUCUAUAUUGUUCUCUGCCUUAACCUUCAAGGACUUGCUCGAUAAUGUCGUCAAAUUUGAUCCGACAGGCUAUUGUUCAGCGGCAUGGGCUGUCGUGUCCUUUGGUCUUACGGUAAAAGCCCGAGUAUCCCAAUGGAUGUUGCUUCAGUUGAUGCUGAUAACAGCCUGCCUGCAGUUGGCCCUCCAUGACAAGGAACUGGCGGACUCUACAUUCAAAGCCUGCAGCUACCUGAGCCACUCGAUGGCUCUGUAUUCUCGAAUGGAGUCAAACUACCGCGAGCGAAAAGCCAAGCAAGAGAAGCAACUCGAGGAUGCCCUGGUCAGGGUAUAUACGGCUAUUCUUGUGUAUGCAGCUGAGGUGCAAGAGUCAAGCAAUGGUAGAACUCGGACCCGGGUCAAAAAGUUCAUCCUCAGCUUGGCUGGACAGCCACUCCGCGAUCUGGAGACGAAGAUCAACGAAGAGAAAUCCGCAUUAGAGGAUUGGCAGAACCAGGUUUCGAGAGAGCUUGCGGACGAAGCUCGUGAGGAGAUUAUGGAAAUCAGAACAAACACGGAAGUGAUAUUGAAGAGAGUCGACGGUCUGGCCAAGACCGCCUCAGAUACAUACGCCAAAGCUACUGCUGCAGAGCUGGAACGGUUAUGCGAGUGGCUGCUGAAGCGCGAUGGAGGGCGCCAGGAUAAGAUUCGCACGAGCUUAGCAACCGAAAGAGCGUGGUGGUUGAACUCUGGAAAUAACCACUGGAGGCCUGGGGGUGAUGGGGACAGGAAAGGCAAAAAGUACCACACGGCCAGCGACACCGCGACAGGCGAAAGUGGUGACGAUGACGAUGACCAAGGUAGCGAGAGCGGCGAUAUCACGACGGAUCCCGAGACCUCUGAAGACGAGGAAGCCCACGACAGAAAGACGCUCGACGUUGUAUCAAAAACCAGCCUUGAACAGGAUGCAGACCAAGCCGACGAGUAUGGAGAUUGGCUCUUCGAGAGCAGAGAAUAUACAGAAUGGGUUAAAUAUCCGCAAAGUCUGUUGUGGUUGUAUGGCAACUCUGGGUGUGGUAAAUCGGUGCUAUGCUCAUCGAUCAUCAGAAACCUGAAAAAGACAUUCGGAAAUGACCCGACGAAGGCCCUUGCCUCCUGGUACUUUCGCUUUGAUCAUGAGGACACAAAAAGGAUGCAUCUCCUCCUGGCAUCAUUGCUCGGGCAGCUCACAAUCAAGUGUAAAAAGGUCCCCGAUGAUGGUUUGUACGAAACACUACGUGAUUAUCAGGGCCAGGGACAGCUUCCGGAUGACAGCAUGGACCUCUUCAAUCACCUUCAGCGGUUUAUAUCCAAAGCAGACAGGGAUAUCUUCCUUGUCCUUGACGGCCUUGACCAUGUUCUCGAUCGCAGGGGCUCACGCAAGAACGAUAUCAAACUGCUUGACAUUAUCCUGAAGCUGAUACAAAAAGAGUACACCAACCUUCACGUCCUCGUAGUCAGCAAGUACGAGAAAGACAUAGCACAGGAUUUUGAGAACAAGAUCAGAGAUAUGCUGGUGUCAGUAGAUGUUGAGCAGGGACUUGGCAAAGUUCUUGAAACAUUUGUGGAGAGGAAACUAGAGGACACUCCUGUCUUGAAGGGAGAGGACUCUCUGAAGGGCGAGGUUAAGCAGCGUCUCGGGCAUUACCAAAGCAGCCAAGGCAGCAACUUUCACUGGGCACGGUCUAUUCUCAAACAAGUGUCAGCGUGUCACGAGCCAGCAGAGGUCACAGCGGAGUUGAGGAAAUUGCCAGAAAACAUUGCCGCCAGGUAUCAAGAUGCGCUGGAGAAAGUGGCGGCCAACAGCGUUAAAAGGCUGAAGGACAUUCUCCUUUGGCUCAUGAAUCAAAAGCGGCCGCUCUCGCAAGCCGAGCUUGCGGCAGUGGUCAAACUUCGAAACGCAAAGGAAGUCGCAGGGAUCUGUCCAAGAGUACUUGUGGAGACGGCCACGGAGGACGAGGUGGACGUCUUUCGCUUCACCCACUUCUCAGUCCAAGAGUAUCUGAAAGACCCCUUCUCCCGAGCUCCCAAGGGGCAGGAAACCAUCAGGUCUGGGAACAUCGAGCGCCUUCUGCCGCCCCAGAAACACGACGCACACCUUCUCAUCACCAAACGUUGCUUGGAGAUCCUAUCAGCCUUCCGGCCGACGAAGACGAACAAGAAGAAAGGCGAUGCUAUCGAGAACACGUCAAGUAGCGAUAGUGAUUCGGACCGUCUUGUUUCGUCCGCCUCCGGCCCCAACCGCCGCCGGGUCACUAUCGAUGCCAGCGACCACGGCUCUGACGCCUGGCGCGCACAAGACACCAGUCCAGAUGAUUCAGCGCCGGACCGGCGCGCCCCCAUCAAAACAGCAAACAGGAAGAGCAUCGAUGUUCCAGCUCGGGGAUACGCGGCCGAAUUUUGGUUCUGCCACUACAAUGAGAUUCAUAGCAACGAAGGUCAAUUCAAUGCUAUUGGCAGCGACAAAGGAUUUCCAGCCAGGCUCAAAGAGCUGGAGAGCGAGAUUUGCUCCAAGCUUCUGCUAGACAAGGAGAAGAUGCGGGCUUGGCUAGAUACCUAUGAUCCUGACGGACGGGGAAACAAAAAGCCACCCUCUGCUGUCUACUACGCCGUCAAGCUGGAGCUCAAUGGCAUCCUCACACGGCUUGUCGAAGAGAUCUCCAAGUUGCACACCAAUCUUCCCGCUCGACGCAGGGCCCUGGACCAGCGUGGUCUAGAGGGAACCGCUCUCCAACUGGCUGCAGUUCGGGGUGAAUCUGAUAUUAUUAACCUUCUGCUCCAACAAGGCGCCGAUGUGAAUGCGGAGAAAGGACCCCACGGGACUGCGCUGUAUGCAGCUGCAGCCGAGGGUCACCUUGAAGUGGUGAAAAGCCUAUUCCAAGCAAUGAAGCUGCUCCACGCCGGCACAAAGACAGGUGACCAAGCAGAUGGAAAUCUUGGUAGUCCACUGCACGUCGCAGCAUUCCGCGGCCAUGAUGCGGUCGUCAAACUACUUCUUGAGCCACCUGGCGUGGCCGUGGACCAUCUCGCCGACCCCUUCGGCACCGCUCUGCAGGCGGCCUGCGCAUCCAGGAAGAUCAGUACCAUCAAGCUACUCCUGGCCAACGAUGCCGACCCCAACAUAGUUGCUGGCUGUUUCGGCACAGCUGCCCAGGCCGCAUUUGCGCAUCCUAGGGUUUCCUUGGUCAAGGGAUCGGACGAGGUCCUUGAGAUGUUACGAUCCAAAAAUGCCGAAUGGCUCGAAUCUCCCAUGUUCUGGACCUUGGCGUACAGCAGGGUGAGGUCGUCCCUCGAUCCCCGGCCGCGGUAUAACAGGAUGAAUGUUCUGGAUUUCGCCUCGACAAACUACGAGACAUUGCUUAAGGCAUCAGCACCCAGCUGGCUAGAAGAAGAGGCCCUUGGAGAGCAUGAACUUCUCGCAAGCGUUGUCCAUCAAUGGACAAUGCCCAUGACCACCAUGCCGGAUGAGGCGUUUAUCAAUAGGCGCCUGCUCGCCAGAAUUCCUUUCCAAGAUCAGCUAGACGCCAUCAAGCGGGUUGUUCCCCAUCACGAAAAUACCAUGGAUCAUCUGCGCCAUCAGGACUUCUUGAGCAAGGCCCGCUUCUGGGCUGGCAUUAAUUACGUCCUCGGUCGAAUCCGUGAGCUGAUAUCGAGAUGCCUUGACCGAGUCAGCCGCUUGCUCCGCCGCCGCGAGCACCGUGACAACGCCGCCCUGUCAUCAUUCCAAUGGGCAUUACCAGAGUUUGACGAACCAUGGUACGGUUACGGUGAAAGGUAUGAUCCGGAUCCAUGGUUUGGAUGGCCUCGUGAGCGCGCGAUGUACAUGAAAGCUUCCAGCCGAAGACAACGGUACAUGAUGAGGCACCCGGGGGAUGAUGACUCCGACCAAGUCAUGAUGAGCCCUUCGACAAAGAAUGACGCCUUUGCCGUGACGAAUUCAAUGGCAAGGGCCGACGCAAUCACCAUGGAACUCACGCAACAAAGACAAAAACAGAGACGGUUCGAAGAGAUGGCCCAGACGUCAGUCUCUGGCGGUGACGCCGACACAGAAGCAGUGCUCCCCGAAUUACGAGUCACGUCACAGACUGGUAUCUGGACAGUGAGCGAUAUCCUCGAACUCGUCAAGCAACUCAUCGAAUACGGCGACCGUUGCGCUCGCUACCAGGAUGCUGUGACAACAGUGCCUGCCAAAGGGGACAUCCACGAGAAACCACCUGAACCUCUAGCCAAACCAGUAGACCUGCACAACAUCGAAGACCUAACCUUUGAGUUAUUUUCCACCGUCAUCCGGCUCGCUCUGGCGCUGCAAGACCACGGGACGACUUUCGAGAAGCUCGCCCGAGCCAAGUCAGGUCAAGGGCCGGCUCAGCUCAGAUCAGCUCAUUUCCCACACUGGGCUGGAAGGAGACGCAAGAAAAAUACUAGGAGGUAGCUGGAACAGAACAGGGUAUCAGAUACUUUUGGGUUUGUUAAGGUGUGAGCGUGAAAUUAGCGAUUUUCUUGAGGAUUUACACGAGAUCAUGGAGAAGCUGUGUUCCAUUGUUUAUGAGCUCAUUCAGUUUUUGGCAGGAGUUGGGCUGGAGUUAAUAAGUUUGGCGGGCCACUGGAUACGCAAUGGUUUAGGUAACCAUUGUGAUGAGCGUCUUGCCCGCGAGUUAGCAAGAGAUACAUCAUGAUGAUGACUUUAUACCAUUC